UGUCACUAUGUUGAUGGGAAGAAUUCGAUUGAUUAAAAAAGGAAUCUCUGUACAAAAGCCCAUCCAAAGAAAAGGAAAUUAAGAUCAAGACAAAUAUCUGCUUAUGUCAAAGUCAUUAACCGACUCCAACGGCUAUAUUGAACAAACGGUUAUCAUUAUUGAUGAAGACCUAAUUAACACUUUGCUUAUAAAUAAAGACUCAUACACGCAGCCUCUUCUAAUUCUUCGUUGAGAGAAAAAAUCAAAACUCUCUGAUUCACAUUCACGCAUCUUCUUCUUCUUCUUUAAUUUUCUUCUUGAGAGAAUCUCUUUAUACAGAGACUCUGUGUGAAUUCCGAUGAUCCAAUUAGUAGUCAUUGAUCAGAAGUGAAAAGCGGAUGAUGAUGAUGAUCUCCUCUGCAACAUGAUGAUCCGUAAGAGUUGAUUUCACUUUUUUCCGAUGAGUCGCAGAUGGAGCAACGACGGAUGUUAACGGCGGCUAGACCACGUUUGUCCUCGACGAUCCGUACGAUUACGUCUCACGUGGCGUUCUCAGCAAGCCGUCUCUUGAAACCUUAUGUUGCAUAUCGGCUUGGAUUGGAGGUAUGAGUUUCGCUAGCACGAUUGCUUUGGGAGAUAGGACGCGAAUCAGAGGAAAACAGAGAACGAAUCCACCGGUGGAGAUAAAGAAAUCGCCAGUGAUUAGGGUUUCACAACCUCGAGAGAGAGUAACUACAAGUCUACCAUUAUCCAGCUGCAAUCACGCAAACGCACCGCCUUUUUCUCUCUUUGCCAACUCGUUUAUUUCCAAUCAUAAAAUGCCACGUUAACACACUCUUGCAGUUAAUUGACGGAAAUACCCCUCUUCACAUACUACAAUUACGAUAUUAAUGUGUUAAAAAUUAACGGUGUGGGCUAAUCUCACGCGCUUUCAUCAUCUUCUUCCUAGAUUCGCUCCUCCACUGUCUUAAAUUUCACUAUCUUCUUCUUCAUUUUCCUUCCUUCUCACUUCAAAUCCAUAAUCGCUCUACUUCUCUCUCUCUCUCUAGAUUCGAAAAAAUGGCGAAACUGGUGAUGUUGUUGGUUCUCUGUAUCUUACCGGCGAUAGCCAUGGCGGCAAGGAGGGGAAAUAUUGGAAAGAAUACAAUGGUGGUUCAAGGUAGCACCUACUGUGACAUUUGCAAAUUCGGCUUCGAGACUCCUGAAUCCUCCUACUUCAUCCCCGGUGCAACGGUGAAGCUAUCAUGCAAAGACAGGAAGACAAUGGAAGAGGUUUACACAGACAAAGCUGUAUCAGACAAAGAAGGAAAGUAUAAGUUCAUUGUCCACGACGAUCACAGAGACCAGAUGUGCGAUGUUUUGCUUGUGAAAAGCUCGGAUAAAACCUGCUCUAAAAUCUCCGUUGGACGUGAGAAGUCUCGUGUGAUCUUGAACCAUUACAGUGGCAUUGCCUCGCAGAUCAGACAUGCUAACAACAUGGGAUUUGAGAAAGAAGUGAGUGAUGUGUUCUGCUCUGCUUUGUUUCAGAAGUAUAUGGUUGAUGAAGAUGAGGAUGAUAUUAAAAACCAUCUCUAAUCUCUCUGUUUAAUCUUAUGAUCUGCUGUUUUCUUCAUUAAUGAGUUUCGAGUUAUGGAAGAGAUAUAUUUGUAUUUGUUUGAUUACUUAUUUGUUGUCUUUAGAGAUGUUGACUCUGGUGAUCGGAUAACUAUCUGUUUGUGUAAGCUUCUUAUAUAUUGAUGUGUCAUUUCCUUGCUUAGGAAGUGUCUUUUAUUAAAGCUAGAUGUUGCCAGUAUUCAAACGUUGUUCACCAAAGUCUGUCAAAGAAAGACGGAGAAGAGAACUUAUUUACUUUGGGAACAUUUUUCUUUCGGCUUUCAGCAAAUGUUUCGAUGUGGGACAUAGAAAACUUUCUUAUUAA